CGAGAAUUUACGAGAAAAGUUAUUUCCGGUGGAAAGAAAAGUCCCUGAAAAUUUACUUUUUAAUUGAUUUUCACUGUUUUGCUUUGUAUCUUCUGUUUGGUUUUUCCUAUGAUUGUAAGAACAGUACCUUCACAGAUGUUACAGCAAUGUGACCAAACCUGAAUACUGGACAAUGUUACAGAGUAUAUUGGAGGACAGUUGACACAAGUAACCAUGGCAACAGCAGAGACUAGGAGAAAGGAAGAUGAAGCCAGGAGCCAAGAUGCCAGUUCUGGUCAGCGGCAGAGUCGUUCACGACGAAGCACGCGCCAGCUUGAUUUCUUUCAAGCGAUGUCUGACUUUAAGAAUAUGUUCCCGACACUUGAUGAUGAGGUCAUAGAAGCAGUACUGAGAGCAAAUGAUGGUGCUGUUGAUGCCACAAUUGAUCAGUUGUUGACAAUGACAAUAGACGAAGAUAUGAGUUGUGUAAAGGAAGUGGAGGGUGCAGAAUUCAAUAUGCCGCAGAUACCUAGUUACGAUGAUCAUGACCUGGCUGCUGUGGGCGGUACUGAGGAUUCACCCCCAUCUUACUCUGAGGCUAUGAGGACCCCAGGGCCAACAGACCAAACACAGAGUAUAUGGACCACACCCAUUGGUCAACCUGUACUUCCAAGUCGAAAUCAGUUAAAACUGGAAGUUGAUUCACACCCGGAACCACAAGGUGCUAUGGCAAGACUAAGUCCAUCGGGCCUCCCUGGUGACGCCGGUGCUGGGCUCGGAUUUUCACCUGUCAUGGAGAGUCAUAAUUUCAGUGUUCAUAGGACGAACAGUUGUGAUAAUCAAACUACUUCUCUGAAAAAGGAAUUCAGGAACUGGAAUCCCCGGAUGUUGGGAAAUUUACCAGAUGAUUUUUUAAGACUUAUGUUACCUGAUUCAAAAUUAGGUACUCCUAGUGCCAAAUCAGAUAUUGAUAGAACUGCUAAUUUGUCAGCCACACCAGUCAGUGUAAUGUCUUUAACAGACGCACGACCAAAAAUACACAAAGGUCGAAGUAAAUCAGAAAAAUUUUCACGAUCAUUAAGUAUGGGUACCAAAGAUGCGAAAGAAAGUAAGUCUAAAGGAUCGGAGAAGAAGAAUAAGUCUUCUGAGAAAAUAUCAAGGUCAUUCAGUGUGGUGGACGGGCCACAGAAGACGUCUGGUGCUCGGCAGAAGGACAGAAACAGUGGACUGUCUCCAUCUCGGUCCAGGAACCAUUCUGUGAUAAUAGAAACCCAUGACUUCAGCAAGGACAUGUUACAGGAACGUAUGAAAGAGAACGAGAGACGACGAAAGAGAACCUCGGCAGACAUUGACCCGGAACUUGCACGCUACCUGGAAGAUGAACGUCUUGCUUUAGCAUUACAGAACAGCGAAUUUUUACAAGAGUUGAGGAGUAACGACGAUUUCAUGAAGACGCUGGAAAAGGGUAAGAGCUGCCGUCUUUUGGGUAGCGAAAAAUAG